CCGCCGGAUUUUGGUUUCGUUUCCCAGGAGGAUAAUGUGUUGUGACGUCACGAUACAUUAUCUGGUCACGUGGUAGCAGGACAUUGCGACGUUCUGACGCGCGCUCCGAUGUUGCUGCCAGAAGACCCAGCGGGCCGGACUUUAGUGUCAAAACAUCGCAAUGUCCUGCUCCAGCGUGACCACACACUGUAUCGCGACGUCACGUCAGGGUAUCCUCCUGGGAAACGAAACUGAAACCGACUUUAGAAAUGCUAUUAUAUUAAUUUAUUCACGGUGCUCUGAGGCUUGUUACUAUUUUUCGAGGGCUUAGAGGUCUAACACCUUCACUUAACGCUAAAAAGGAACAGUCGAAAACGUCAUGUCAGUACCCCCCCCUUUGACUCCCAUCCCUCUUUCCAAACAUACCGCCAGUUCGAAGUGGAUUGUCAUCCGACGGCCGAGUGAGCUUCAACGCCGAGGACGUAAUGCGCUUGGCGUCAGCGCUGAGGGACAUUCAGGAUGGGCUGAAAAAGGCAUCGCUCAACGAUCCCACCGGCGACGCCAAAAUUGCCGCGCUUCGACACAGGGCCAACUCGCUGGCCAACUUCCUCGAUUUCUUGGACCCCCAGAGUGAAGGCGAACAGGGGGACAGGACGUCGCAACGCUACAGCUGGUGCGAUUCCGAGACAGGCACGGCGACGAUCUGCAAGUUCGUGGGCGUCGCGUCCAUGCGCAAGGCCGAUGACCCGACGCUAAGACUCGGGCAGCCUCACACUCUGGAAGGAUACAGCUUCAACUUGGCGUGCAAGUUCGAAAGGUCGUGGGGCAAACUUUCUGGCGUCUUCCUGCUCUUCGCCCUCUGCGCCGGCGACAAAGACGACAUCGUGGAAUGGCCGUUCGCCAAGCGGGUCACGCUGAGCAUCGCCCACGCCAAGAAAGAAGGCAGCGACAUCAGAGUUCCUGUGAAUAUAUGCCCGGAAAAGGACGCGGAGUGCUUGAAGAGGCCUCAGGCUGACGUGGAACCGAGGUGGAUACAGUCGGAGAAGGUCAGCUGGAAGCAGGUUGAGAAGAACGGUCUCGUCCAUGACGACUGCCUGUUUGUCACCGUUGCCUUCGAGUAGCAACCGCCUUUGGACGACGACGCGUGUUGAUCGACUCACUUCAUAAGCCUAGACCUAAUAGGCCUAAUAGGCGAAUAGGCCUAAUAGUGUCCUAGAAAGGGUGGUCAUGACGGGUACUUGUUGCUCCUAUGGUCUACAGUACUGUAACGCAUGGCGUUCGAGAUCGCUUUGCGAGGAAAGCCGUCAUGAAAGCUGCGUGUGGGGUAUGUGAUGGGAACGCCAUUUUUACGCCGCUUAAACGAAUAAACGUUUUCGUCGUGAGCCCACCUUCAAACAAGAGCUUCGUAUUUCAGAAAACAUAGACAAUCGCUUUUAAAAUGGAUCCGCCAUGUCGAUCAGAACACGUGACGUGCCAAACAACUGGCUUUUCUGCUCAGUGUGUUUGCUCUCCUGUUUGUUUCUUCGUGACAAUACGAUUGGACAUCGCAUGAAACUUGCGUGGAGCUUGCGCUGUUUUCGAGCAUGAUUCGCUUCUUCUGACGUUUCGUGUCAGACGGCAUUGCGCACUCAGUGCCUCACACGAGUUUAUGAUGCACAUAUUUUUAAAUGU